AUGUCUUCUUCACAAUUCCAUACUUCUGCUAAAGCUUCAAAUUUAGCUAAAUUAGAUGCUUCAAAAUUACAAAUUACUAAAAACACAUCUCCAAAACAACCUUUACCAAAUGAUCAAUUAGUAUUUGGUCAAACUUUUACUGAUCAUAUGUUACAAAUCAAAUGGAAUGAUAAAGAAGGUUGGGCUUCUCCACAAAUUAUUCCUUAUGGUCCACUUUCUUUAGAUCCAUCUGCUUGUGUUUUCCAUUAUGCUUUUGAAUUAUUUGAAGGUUUAAAAGCUUAUAGAGAUUCAAAUGAUCAAAUUAGAAUGUUUAGACCUGAUAAGAAUAUGAUUAGAAUGAAUAAUUCUGCUGAUAGAAUUGUUUUACCAACUUUUGAUGGUGAAGAAUUAAUUAAAUCAAUUGGUGAAUUGAUUAAAUUAGAUAAACAUUUGAUUCCAAAAGAUAAAGGUUAUUCUUUAUACAUUAGACCAACUUUAAUCGGUACUGCUGCUGGUUUAGGUGUUGGUACUCCUUCUGAAGCUUUACUUUAUGUCAUUACAUCUCCUGUUGGUCCUUACUAUUCAACUGGUUUCAAAGCCGUUAGAUUAGAAGCUACUGAUUAUGCUACAAGAGCUUGGCCAGGUGGUGUCGGUGAUAAAAAAUUAGGUGCUAAUUAUGCUCCAUGUAUUAAACCACAAUUAGAAGCUGCUUCAAGAGGUUAUCAACAAAAUCUUUGGUUAUUUGGUGAAGAAAAAACAAUUACUGAAGUUGGUACUAUGAAUGUUUUCUUUGUUUUUAAAAAUUCAACUACUGGUAAAAAGGAAUUAGUUACUGCUCCAUUAGAUGGUACUAUUUUACCAGGUGUUACAAGAGAUUCUAUUUUAGAAUUAGCAAGAGAAAGAUUAGAUCCAAAUGAAUGGGAAAUUAAUGAACGUUAUACCACUAUUUAUGAAGUUGCAGAAAAAUCUAAAAAAGGUGAAUUAAUUGAAGCUUUUGGUGCUGGUACUGCUGCUGUUGUCUCUCCAAUUAAAGAAAUUGGUUAUAACGGUGAAGAUAUUAACGUUCCAUUAGUUGAAGGUGAACAAUUUGGUGAAUUAACAAAUACUGUUGCUCAAUGGAUUUCUAAAAUUCAAUAUGGUGAUGAAGAAUAUAAAAAUUGGAGUCGUGUUGUUGCUGAUUUAAAUUAA